UCAUUUUGUAAUGUAAAAUGCAAGUAUGAAAUGAUGUUGCAACAAUUGUAACCAUGUAUUGUUGAAACAUUGAUGGUUGCCUUUGCAUAUUCUGCUGGUGAUGCAGUCACGGCCGUGGACAGCGGGAAGAGGGCGCUCGAGAUACUGGGCUCGGAGCCGAAUAUGAGUAUGAUCAUCACGAACUACUGGAUGCCCGAGAUGACUGGCUACGACCUCCUCAAGAAGGUCAAGGAAUCGUCGGAGCUCAAGCAGAUCCCGGUGGUGAUCAUGUCCUCCGAGAAUGUUCCGACACGGAUCAGCAAGUGCAUGGAAGAAGGCGCCGAGGACUUCCUGCUCAAGCCCGUCAGGCCGUCGGACAUCUCCCGCAUAACCACCCAGAUGCUGCACUGAUCAGUGGCCACCACAGUCGUCAGAUUGUCAAUAGUGUUUUGCAGUUACAGUGGACGUAGCGAUCGAGUUUAUUCAGAAUAGCAGUUAGACACCGUUCAAAAAAAAAGGAAUAGCAAUUAGACUGUAACGGGGGCUCGGCUAGCUUGUUGCUUCAGUAGUAGCAGGAGUUAGCUAUAGGCUUCCAGUAGCCAGUUUCUCAAGAUAUAAGAUGUGUGCAUGGAUCGUUUCGUUUAAUGGAAAAUUACAGUGGCUGACCCUUUUGCCACUAGCAAGUUUUGUUUGCUCACUAUGUGUGUCCAGGUGCUGCUGGCAGUUCUGUUCCUGCUACCAAGCCACUGAAUAAAAGAA